UAAAUAAUUAUUAAAUUUCGGUUGGGCACGAUUUUGGGUGACGCUGUCGCCCUUCCCAUAUCCCAAUUCCCAAGCCCUCACCGAGCGAUUACGCCACCACAUCGGAUGCUACUGAGCCGGCGGCGUGUAGGUUUGCAACCGAUAGGGCGGAGCAAUUCCGCCGCCUCUUCGCGUUAAUAGGUGAGGAUUCUGGAAUAUGUGUUGACUGGAAUUGAGAUUGCAGUUAUAUCGAAGAUUGGUGUCGCUGUUUCUUGUUCAGGCUGUUGCUGAAAAUUCAGGUAAUUAGGAGCUUUGGGGAUUUCUCUUCUACUGGUCUCAAUUUGCAAAGUGGAUGUUGGUAUAUGAAGGUAGUGAGGGGCUCUGAAUAUAUUUGUUAACUUGAGAGACCUCAUCUGGCUUUCUCUGGAAAUUGUGUUAGAAAGGACCCAGCAAUGGCUAGUACAUUAUCCGGUGAGUCCUCGAAGGUUUCUCAGGAAAAGCCAGAUGAAGGUGGUGGGCGGUGGUAUUUCUCGAGGAAGGAAAUCGAAGAAAAUUCCCCCUCUAGACAUGAUGGCAUUGAUUUGAAGAAAGAAACUUAUUUGCGCAAAUCAUAUUGCACAUUUUUGCAAGAUUUGGGCAUGAGGCUUAAAGUGCCUCAAGUGACAAUUGCUACAGCAAUUAUAUUUUGUCAUCGUUUCUUUCUCAGACAGUCUCAUGCAAAAAAUGAUAGGAGGACAAUUGCCACAGUCUGUAUGUUUCUUGCGGGUAAGGUUGAAGAAACUCCUCGUCCUCUUAAAGAUGUCAUUCUCGUUUCAUAUGAGAUUAUUCAUAAAAAGGAUGCUGCUGCUGCGCAAAGGAUCAAGCAAAAGGACGUAUAUGAAGAACAAAAAGAGCUUAUUUUAGUGGGGGAAAGAAUUGUGCUUGGAACGCUUGGUUUUGAUCUCAAUCUUCAACAUCCUUAUAAGCCCCUUGUCGAGGCAAUUAAGAAAUUUCAGGUUGCUCAAAAUGCCCUUGCUCAAGUUGCAUGGAAUUUUGUCAAUGAUGGGCUACGAACAUCUCUGUGCUUGCAGUUCAAGCCGCACCACAUUGCGGCAGGUGCAAUUUUCCUUGCUGCCAAAUUUCUCAAAGUAAAGCUUCCAUCUGAUGGCGAGAAGGUUUGGUGGCAGGAGUUUGAUGUGACCCCACGCCAAUUAGAGGAGGUUAGCAAUCAGAUGCUAGAGUUGUAUGAACAAAGUAAAGCACCUCCGUCUCAAGCUAGUGAACAAGAAGGAAGUGCCGGGGGCAACCAACGACCUCUUUCAAAAGGUCCUUCCAGUCAAGAUCAUGCCCCUGGUUCUUCCCAUGGCGGAGCUACUUCCAAAGCAUCAUCCUUGAAGCCGGCUUCGACCAAGCCAGUUCCUGAUCAACAUACUGGUGGGCCUCCUAGAUCUACCCAAACUCGAAACUAUGACCAUGGAAGUGCUGCUGAAACCAAUAGCUAUUCCAAUACCAAUCACCAGGGAGAGAAUGGCACCAUUACUGCACAGAACCCCGACCAGGAGAUGGUACCUCGCUCUGCGAACACAAGGGAGAACCCAAACAAAUCAAAUCCUGGUAUCGAAGGGCGUGCCACUGAUGAUCGAGAGGAAACCUCCGUGCGGUUUGAACCAAGGGAUGCAGAACUGAAGGAUCAUGUCAGGCACGUGUCCUACAAGGAAGGCACAAUUGGCCAGUCACCACAAAAUCCUCCCAAAAAGAUCGACAAAGAGAAACUUAAAGCAGCCUUUGAAAGGAGGAAGGCUCGUGGAGAUAUAACCCGGAAAAUGGACUCACUGGAUGAGCUGGAAAGGCAGCUGGAAGAUGUCGAAGUGCCCGGCGAAACUGACAAGACCAAGCGUGGCAGAAAACAGAGCUGGCCGAAAGCUGUGAAAACUGAAAACGAGGAUGGAGAUGGGCGCUACCAAGGGCCAAGGGGACAAUCCUCCCAUGAACCAGAUGAUUUUGACAUGGUCGAAGAAGGGGAAGUUAAGCCAUCUGACGACAUGGACAAAGGAUACCCGUCUCCAAGGUCCAAUCCCCGGAAGAGGAAGUCCAGCAGUCCUUUGGACAGAAACGGGGUAGGGAGGUUUAGCGGACAAUCGGGAAGGGACCACAAAGAGAAAUUUCAGGAGAACGAUGUCUAACCUAAAUGGACUGAUUUCACGAGCGCUUGGCCUGUGGAAUACGAUCGUGGCUAAUGCAUACUCGAACAAGCAAAGCUGCAAUUCUAGAUGAAAAUGGUAGCGUGGUUCAGGUUGGAUUGUUUCGAUCAAUGCUGACUAUGAAUGUCCAUCGAAGGGAAAUUUGAAAAUUUGUCCAGAAACUCGGUAAUCUUAUUGUGAGUUGAUGCUGGUUGAGUGCAGAUAAAGCUGAAAGGGAGGGAAGCCGCAAUGUCUAUGUGUAGCCAAGUAAGUCACUGCCUAUCUGUACUUUUGUUCUAGAGAAGUUUUAUAAUUUUCGAUCUAGGAUGAGGUUAUGACAUUAUAUCCAACUUUGCAUGCUAACAUUCAAUAGCGUAUAUCUUAGCCACCCCAACCCAACCCACCCCGCCAUCUGUGCUCAUGUUUUUCUGUCGAACAUACAUACGUAUUGUUUUUGUGUCAAAUGGUUUUCUUACAAAUUGGAUCAAGAAUCUUCCUAUGGUUUAUAUUUAUCACAUCCCUUUUGACAGUUUUGUUAGCAGUCUUAGGUUACAACCUGUGUUGUGCAUAAUGCCUGAAAUCGACAUUCUCCUCUGGAGUUUAUUGAACAUAUUAUGGUACAUUUUGUCUUCCCCCUGUUGGAAAAAAGGAAAAAGAAAAAGCUGUUUGGCGAUGCCAUUAUUGAAUAAAUACCAUCACUUUUUUUGUGUCGUGAGCUUUUCUUGUACCUCAGGACUGUCAAGCAUUUGGGUGUAUUUAUUUGUAUUUUUGGAUGGUUUAUUUAUUUCUUUUUUUUUUC